GACCACCGCUAGCACAGUUCACCAACAGUUUGAAUUCAACUGUCAUUUCAACGGCCACCAUUUUGUCACAUCUUUCUUGGAGCAAAUGUUGUCAGUACAUCUCUUAUCCUCUCUCCCUCGCGGCCUUCUUGUAGCAAUAUCAUCAUCACCAGCAGCCAGAGUGUGUGUUGUGCGCAGGCAGAGCUCCAGCGGUUAGAGUGACGAUAGCCUGUUUGAUCGCAGGAGUUUCACACUAAUUCCCCGGCAGCUCGUACCAGCUCUGUUCAGCCUGUUCACACCCACAGCCUUGAUCUUGACCAGCCCGUUCACCAGUAUGGAUGUCUUCUCCGCCCUCACCUCCCCCUCCUCCUGCCCCCACAUGUACCACUUACCCAGUUAUCCCAGUAACGUCACCACAUCAGACACCACCGCUUCAGCCAGUGAGAUCAGCCAUGUGAUCCUGCGCCAUUACAACCACACCGGCCGCCUGCAGAACAGGACCAUCUCAAACAGCCAGAACCACAUCAGUGUCACCGCGGCCGUCUUCCUCUUCUUAAGUAUUUUCAUCAUCCUGGAGAAUCUGCUGGUGCUGGUGGCCGUCAUCUCCCGCAUCCGCAACAGCCGGCGCUGGGUUUAUGUCUGCAUUGCCAACAUCACGCUGAGUGACCUCAUCACCGGUGCUGCCUAUGUGGUCAACAUCUGUUUGUCAGGCAGCCAGACGUUUCGCCUCACCCCUGCUCUGUGGCUCUUCAGGGAAGGGAUGCUGUUUGUGGCACUGGCAGCUUCCAUAUUCAGCUUGCUACUGAUUGCUGUGGAGCGUUACACCACCAUGAUGAAGCCGCUACCCCAGAAGUCGGCCAAGAAGAGUUACUACAGGAUCUUUGGCUUGGUGGUACUCUGCUGGCUUUUGGCCAUGGUGAUUGGCUUCCUCCCAUUGAUGGGCUGGAACUGUGUGUGCAGCUUGGAAGGAUGCUCCACCCUCCUCCCUCUCUACUCAAAGUCCUACAUCUUUUUCUCUCUGAUCAUAUUCUUCAUCAUCCUCCUGGCUAUUGGGGUGCUCUAUGGUGCCAUCUACUGCCACGUACACAGGAGUGCACAGCUGGGGCCGCAGCGCAGUCGAAAGCGCUCCUUGGCCCUGCUUAAAACUGUGAUCUCCAUCGUUGGAGUCUUUAUGCUCUGCUGGGGGCCACUCUUCGUGCUGUUGCUGGUGGAUUUCUUCUGUGUCUCCCGCCAGUGUGCUCUGCUGUUCAGUGCAGACUUUUGCAUCGCACUGGCCGUCCUCAACUCCGGCCUGAACCCCAUCAUCUAUGCCCUGGGCAGCAGUGACAUGAGGAGGGCUAUCGCAGAGCUGCUGUGCUGCUGCUGCCUGAGGUCUGGCCUCUGUCACCCAGACACAUUCACAUCCAAGGACACCAGCAGCACCUCUGAAACCAGGAGGGACAGCCUGAGAAACAGUUUUAAUAAGGUCAGGAAUCUGAGCGUGGCCUCCCCGCCAUCAACGCCCAGCAAGCCUCGCAGGGCAACCAAAAAAUACAGGCUGAGCUCCACCACCAGCUGCCUGUCAGUUUCAAGUGGUUAAACCACAACACGCUCCCCUCCCAAGCACACAAGACCUGUGUGCACUGAUACACAUCUAACUGUUUCCUCCCAGUUUUGGUUUGACUGUUCGAUGCUUUGCAUGCAGGUAGUUGCACCAGUGAUUACACACUGUGAGAAAAGCCGUUAAAAUCUAAAUUUAUACUUGAGAUUGCAAUAAUAUAUCACAAGAAGCCAGAGCUCUUUGUCUAUAACCAGAUUUUCUAUAACAUAUUGAUCUGUUGUUGCACUGUGCUUGUUUCUAUUAUCUUUUCAAAAUAAAAAAUAAAAAAAGUUUUAUUUGUGUAAAAAAAAGUGUAUAUUUAGGCAGUUUAUUUACAAGAAGUAUUUUUUUAUAUAAGAGUUAAAGAUAAAUGUAUGUAGAAAUAUGUAUAAACAUGUAUUGCAUUAACAUUUUGUGUAAGUCUGAUGUUUUACUGUUUUGUACAACUGAUGAAAUUAUAAAUAAAGUUUAUUUUUCUCUACUUGA